GUGUGUUUGUUUGUUUGCUUAUUUAGCGCUCUGUCUCAGCGCUGUCUGUGUACAUCGGAAGCCUGGAUGUGCCGCGGCCCAACAGCAGGGUGGAGAUUGUGACGGCAAUGCGGCGGAUCCGGUACGAGUUUAAAGCCAAGAACAUCAAGAAGAAGAAAGUGAGCCUCAUCRUCUCGGUGGACGGCGUGAAGGUCAUCCUGAAGAAGAAGAAGAAGCUUCUUUCGUUGCAGAAAAAAGAGUGGGCCUGGGAUGAGAACAAGAUGCUCGUCAUGCACGACCCUAUCUAUAGGAUAUUCUAUGUGUCCCACGACUCCCAGGAUCUAAAGAUCUUCAGCUACAUCGCCAGAGAUGGGUCUAGCAAUGUGUUCAGGUGUAACGUCUUCAAGUCCAAGAAGAAGAGCCAAGCCAUGCGCAUCGUCCGCACCGUGGGGCAGGCGUUCGAGGUCUGCCACAAGCUGAGCCUCCAGCACACGCAGCAGAACGCGGACGGGCAGGAGGACGGCGACAGCGAGCGCAACGGGGACGAGCUGGACGUCCCAGGCUGCCGCCUCGGCAGCGCCGACAAGGCGGCCGCCUCCGCGGAGGAGACGGACAUCGACGCCGUGGAGCUCCCGCUGGCGGGGAGCGACGUGCUCGAGUUCAGCCGGGGCGUGACGGACCUGGACGCCGUGGGGCGGGAGGCGAGCGCCUACGGGGACGCCAAGGGCUGCCUGCACCCCGAGAGCAUCCUGACGGCGUCGCCCAAGAUGCUGCUGCCCUCGUCCGCGCAGCUGCCCGACGUGGGCACGCCGCUCUCGGCGCACCACCAGAUGCAGCUCCUGCAGCAGCUCCUGCAGCAGCAGCAGCAGCAGACGCAAGUGGCUGUGGCGCAGGUUCACUUGCUGAAGGACCAGCUGGCGGCCGAGGCCGCGGCGCGCCUGGAGGCGCAGGCCCGCGUGCACCAGCUCCUGCUGCAGAACAAGGACCUGCUGCAGCACAUCUCGCUCCUGGUGAAGCAGGUGCAGGAGCUGGAGCUGAAGCUCACGGGCAACAGCACCACGGGCUCCCAGGACAGCCUGCUGGAGAUCACCUUCCGCUCGCACGCGCUGCCCGUGCUCUGCGACCCCACCACGCCGCAGCCCGAGGACACCCCCGCGCCGCCGCUGGGCCCGCCCGCCGGCUUCCCCGGCGCCCUGGGCAGCCCCAUAGGUAGGCAGGACUGCCUGGUGAAGCUGGAGUGCUACCGCUUCGUGCCGGGCUCGCCGCCGCGCGCCCCGGAGCCGCUCCUGGGCAGCCUGGAGCUCAUCAAGUUCCGCGAGUCGGGCAUCGCCUCCGAGUACGAGUCCAACACGGACGAGAGCGAGGAGCGGGACGCGUGGUCCCCCGAGGCGCCGCCGCGCCUGCUCAACGUGCGGCCCAGGCAGGACCUGGGCGACAGCCUGGAGGACGAGAUCGCCGUGUAGGC